AUGGAUGAGUUUACUUUUGUGGGUGUUGUGGGUGCUUGUGCUCGCUUGGGUGCAUUUAAGUUCUUGCGCCAGGUUCAUGGAGUUGCCAUCAUAAUGGGCUUGGAAUUUACUGUGAUCACUUACAAUUCCCUGAUUGAUGCUUAUGGUAAAUGUGGUGGAGUUGAUAUAUGCCGUGCGUUGUUCGAGGUUAUGCCUGAGAAGGAUAUUGUGUCGUGGACUUCCAUGGUUGUUGCUUAUACGCAAGCUCAGAACUUAGAUGACGCUUGUGCAAUAUUCAACAAUAUGCCAGUGAAGACCACGGUCUCUUGGACUGCAUUGAUCUCAGGCUUUGUGCAGAAUGGCCACGGUGAUGAAGCUUUGGACCUUUUUCUUCAAAUGCAUGAGGAAGGAAUACAACCAAGUCCUCAUACUUUUGUCAGUGAUCUAUGUGCUUGUGCUGAUCAAGCACUUGGUGAAAGAGGCAAACAGAUCCAUGGUUACAUCGCGAGGACCUGCUUUAAUAAAGCUUUGGAGAACAUAUUCAUAUGGAAUGCUCUAAUUGACAUGUAUUGCAAGUGUGGUGACAUGAGAUCAGCUGCGAUCUUAUUCUUGAGGAUGCCGAAAAGGGAUAUUGUAUCAUGGAAUUCGAUGAUAACUGGGUUUGCGCAAAAUGGUCUAGGCCAUGAGUCACUUGUUUUUCUCAAGACAAUGCUAGAGAUGAAUGUAAGACCCGACCUUAUCUCGUUUCUUGGCGCUCUAUCUGCUUGCAGCCACACAGGUCUAGAUGUUGAAGCGCUUCAGAUUUUCAAUGCAAUGGAAAAGGAUUACAGCCUCCAACCCAGAUUCGAUCACUGCACUAUUUUGGUCGAUCUGCUCGGGAGGAAAAACAGACUUGAGGAAGCCAUGGGGUUAAUAGAGAGUGUCUCAAACAAAUCAAAGCAUGUUGGAAUGUGGGGUGCACUUUUGGGUGCAUGCGAAGUCCAUGGUAAUCUAGUUAUUGCCCGAAAAGCUGUGGAUGCUCUAUUGAAUUUGGAGCUGCAAAAUGCUGCGAGGUAUGUUAUGUUAUCAAGCAUAAAUGCCAAACUAACAGAUGGGAUGAUUCCUGCGGAGUAA